AAGACUGACCACUCAAGAAACUGGUGGUUCUUGUGCCCUCUAUGCGUUCGACAAUUUGUCUAUUAGACUUUCUAGUUAUCAACAACACUUUUGCAAACAACCAAACUUUUUUUUUCUUGAUAAGAUGAUAUGGCUAUUGAGUUAUUCAUAGUGUCCACUUUUUAAAGAAUUGUCUAAAACUGAUAAUUCUCUUUCAAGAAUUGCACCAUUUUUGCCUAGGCAUUUUUUUCAUUUUUGAUGAGGCUAUGGUUUGAGUUUUCAGCUAUGGGGUUUGAGAAAAAAUGGGCGGGGAUUAUUUUUUAUUGUUAAAUGAGUGGAAGCUUCAAUAUUUUCCUUUAAAAUACCUACAUGAUCGUCAGGGUAGGUUUAGUGGUUGCUGCUUCUAUAGCAGCCUAUGCAGUUAAGCAGAUAAAUGUAAAACCCUCAAAGCCUUCGGAAAAUGGUGAACCAUUGCCCAAACAACGAAGCGACGAAGGGAAUGAAAAGGAGGAGCAGCUUUUGUAUUCUACAGAUGGCCCCAAAGAAGUGGUUGAUGAGGAAGAGGAGAAAGAAGAAGUGAAAUUAAUGAAUGGAAUUAUAAAUCCAGCACAGGGUAACCAGCUUGAUCUUGAUGAUGAUCUUUUCCCUGAAUUUGAAGAUCUUUUAUCCGGGGAGAUUGAAUUUCCAUUACCAAGUGACAAGUAUGAUACAGAAAGAGAAGAGAGAGAGAAGGUGUACCAAAAUGAGAUGGCCAACAAUGAAAAAGAACUUGAAAGAUUGCGAAAUCUUGUUAAGGAGCUCGAGGAAAGGGAGGUGAAACUUGAAGGAGAGUUGUUGGAAUAUUAUGGUUUGAAGGAGCAAGAAUCAGAUAUCCUCGAGUUACAAAAGCAGCUCAGGAUUAAGUCUGUAGAGAUCGACAUGCUUAAUAUCACUAUAAAUACUUUACAGGCCGAGAAACAAAAGCUUCAAGAGGAGGUUUUCAAUGGAACUACUGCUCGGAAAGAGUUAGAAGCAGCGAGGAGCAAGAUCAAGGAGUUGCAGAGGCAGAUGCAGCUUGAAGCUAACCAAACGAAAGCUCAGUUGUUGUUGCUGAAACAACAUGUUAGUGGACUUCAAGAAAAGGAAGAGGAUGCUUUCAAGAGAGAUGUUGAGGUUGACAAGAAGCUUAGACUUGUAAAGGAAUUAGAAGUGGAGGUUAUGGAGCUUAAGAGGAAGAACAAAGAACUUCAGCAUGAAAAGAGAGAGUUGGUUAUAAAAUUGGAUGCUGCUGAAUCUAAAGUAGCAAACUUAUCCAAUAUGACAGAGAAUGAAAUGGUUGCCCAGGUCAGGGAAGAGGUAACUAAUUUGAAGCAUACAAAUGAGGAUCUUCUAAAACAAGUAGAAGGACUUCAAAUGAACAGAUUCAGUGAAGUUGAAGAGCUAGUGUAUCUUCGUUGGGUCAAUGCAUGCUUAAGAUUUGAACUUCGGAACUACCAAACACCUCAAGGAAAGGUAUCAGCUCGUGAUCUCAGUAAAAAUCUGAGCCCAAGAUCUCAACAGAAGGCCAAACAGUUAAUGUUAGAAUACGCAGGAUCAGAACGUGGCCAAGGAGAUACAGAUCUUGAAAGCAAUUUUUCGCAGCCAUCUUCUCCCGGUAGUGAAGACUUUGAUAACGCUUCUAUUGACAGUUCCACAAGCAGAUUUAGUGCUUUCAGUAAAAAGCCUGGCCUAAUCCAGAAGUUGAAGAGAUGGGGCAAAAGUAAAGACGAUUCCAGUGUUUUGUCUUCACCAGCAAGAUCUCUUGGGGGAGCAUCUCCGGGCCGGACAAGUGUAAGUUUUAGAUCAAGGGGUCCUCUGGAAUCACUAAUGCUCAGAAAUGCAGGUGAUGGUGUAGCCAUCACUAGUUUUGGAACAGCUGAGCAGGAAUAUGAUUCCCCUGAAACACCGCGGCUUCCACCGAUUAGGACACAAGAUUCUUCUGCUGAGCCACUGAACUCAGUUGCAUCAUCCUUCCAGCUAAUGUCUAAAUCAGUUGAAGGAGUUCUAGAUGAGAAGUACCCCGCAUUCAAAGAUAGGCAUAAGCUGGCAGUAGAGCGAGAGAAUCGAAUUAAGGUAAAGGCCGAGCAGGCAAGAGCAGCAAGGUUUGAGAAGUCCUUGCCCCCGAAACUUUCUCAAUUGAAAGAGAAGCGAGUGUCAGUAUCAGUAUCAGCACCAGUGGUCUCUGCCUCUGCUGACUCAGUUGAGCAGUCCGGUGAUAGCAAAACUGACUCUCAAGCAGUGAGCAAAAUGAAACCAAUUAAUAUUGAGAAAAGACCUCCUAGGACUCCUCGUCCACCUCCUACACGAUCAGCAGGUGGUCCCACUCCAGCUGGUAAUAAUGUUACAGGUGGGGCACCUGGUGGUCCACCCCCACCACCUCCUCCGCCUGGUGCUCCACCACCGCCGCCACCACCUGGUGGAGGAGCUCCUAGACCACCUCCUCCUCCUGGAUCUCUAAUGAAAGGAGGAGCUGGAGGUGAUAAGGUCCAUCGCGCUCCUGAAUUAGUUGAAUUCUACCAAUCAUUGAUGAAACGCGAGGCAAAGAAGGAUACAUCAUCACCUUUGAUAUCCUCUACUUCAAACACAUCAGAUGCAAGAAGCAACAUGAUCGGGGAGAUAGAGAACAGAUCCACAUUCCUGUUAGCUGUGAAAGCUGAUGUGGAAAGUCAAGGUGAAUUUGUCGAGUCAUUGGCAACUGAAGUUCGUGCUGCUUCAUUUACCAAUAUCGAGGAUCUAGUGUCGUUUGUGAACUGGCUAGAUGAAGAACUCUCCUUCUUGGUUGAUGAACGAGCUGUCCUCAAGCACUUUGACUGGCCAGAGGGAAAAGCAGAUGCACUGAGAGAGGCCGCCUUUGAAUAUCAAGAUCUAAUGAAACUAGAAAAGCAUGUAACCUCCUUUGUUGAUGACCCAAAUCUUCCAUGUGAUGCUGCUUUGAAAAAGAUGUACAAGUUGCUUGAGAAGGUGGAACAAAGUGUUUAUGCACUAUUGCGUACUCGCGAUAUGGCUGCAUCAAGAUACAGAGAAUUUGGCAUUCCUACUAAUUGGUUGCAAGAUGCAGGUGUUGUGGGCAAGAUCAAGCUUUCAUCGGUACAAUUGGCGAGGAAGUACAUGAAACGUGUAGCAUCAGAGCUUGAUGCCAUGGGUGGACCUGAGAAGGAACCAAACAGAGAAUUCUUGAUUCUACAAGGGGUUCGUUUUGCUUUCAGAGUUCAUCAGUUUGCUGGAGGAUUUGAUGCUGAAAGCAUGAAGGCUUUUGAAGAAUUAAGGAGUCGUGUCAAAAGUUCACAAACAGAAGAGACUACACAAGAACAAUGAGAAUAUCUGUAUUUUGGUUUUGGUCAUUGUAAAUUUCAUCAUUUUCUCCAAGUAUAGCAAACUUACUCUAUCUUGGACAUUUGUACAAUUCAAAAAGGUGAAUAACUCAAGGAGAGUAUUAGAUAACACAGAUUAAAUAGAGGAAAGUUGAAGGACAAACAUUGUAUUGGAAAAGACAGAGAAAACUACAUUAAUCAAUGAGUGAAAUUUGGAACUCCAUAA